AUGUGGCUGACACUCGCUCUGAGUUCAAACAGGAGAACCAGAUCACAGGAGAACCAGAGCACAGGAGAACCAGAUCACAGGAGAACCAGAUCACAGGAGAACCAGAGCACAGAAGAAACAGAUCACAGAAGAACCAGAUCACAGGAGAACCAGAGCACAGGAGAACCAGAUCACAGGAGAACCAGAGCACAGAAGAAACAGAUCACAGGAGAACCAGAGCACAGGAGAACCAGAUCACAGGAGAACCAGAUCACAGGAGAACCAGAGCACAGGAGAACCAGAGCACAGGAGAACCAGAGCACAGAAGAAACAGAUCACAGAAGAAACAGAUCACAGAAGAAACAGAUCACAGGAGAACCAGAGCACAGGAGAACCAGAGCACAGGAGAACCAGAUCACAGGAGAACCAGAGCACAGGAGAACCAGAUCACAGGAGAACCAGACCAGAGGAGAACCAGACCAGAGGAGAACCAGAUCACAGAAGAACCAGAUCACAGGAGAACUAGAUCACAGGAGAACCAGAUCACAGGAGAACCAGAGCAGAGGAGAACCAGAUCACAGGAGAACCAGAUCACAGGAGAACCAGAUCACAGGAGAACCAGAGCACAGGAGAACCAGAGCACAGGAGAACCAGAGCACAGGAGAACCAGAUCACAGAAUAACCAGAUCACAGGAGAACCAGAGCACAGGAGAACCAGAGCACAGGAGAACCAGAGCACAGGAGAACCAGACCAGAGGAGAACCAGAGCACAGAAGAACCAGAUCACAGAAUAACCAGAUCACAGGAGAACCAGAGCACAGGAGAACCAGAGCACAGGAGAACCAGAUCACAGGAGAACCAGAGCACAGGAGAACCAGAGCACAGGAGAACCAGAGCACAGGAGAACCAGACCACAGAAGAACCAGAGCAGAGGAGAACCAGAGCACAGAAGAAACAGAUCACAGAAGAACCAGAGCAGAGGAGAACCAGAGCACAGGAGAACCAGAGCACAGGAGAACCAGACCACAGAAGAACCAGAGCAGAGGAGAACCAGAGCACAGAAGAACCAGAGCACAGGAGAACCAGAGCACAGAAGAACCAGAGCAGAGGAGAACCAGAGCACAGAAGAACCAGAGCACAGGAGAACCAGACCACAGAAGAACCAGAGCAGAGGAGAACCAGAGCACAGAAGAACCAGAGCACAGGAGAACCAGACCACAGAAGAACCAGAGCAGAGGAGAACCAGAGCACAGGAGAACCAGAUCACAGGAGAACCAGAUCACAGGAGAACCAGAUCACAGGAGAACCAGAUCACAGGAGAACCAGAUCAUUUCUUUGAUCAGCAUUGCGUCUCACUUUGAUUCAUGA